UCACUCACUAAGAUGGCUUGUUCAAAGCAAAUUACCCCCAAAUCCACGCCUCGCAGAAACGCACCAGCCAAGGUGAUCAAGCCUCGCAGAAAGCAACUCGCACCAGAUUUGAUUAGUGAUUUGUCGGAUUGUAUUCUGAUUCACAUACUGUCGUUUUUGGAUGCAAAAGAGGCCGUUCAAACUUGCAUUUUGUCCAAAAGAUGGAUCAAUCUUUGGAAGACACUUCCCACUCUGGUACUAUUAAAUUAUCCACAAUUGAUUGACGGAAAUUAUGAAAAAUUUGUACAUCAGGUUUUGUCUCUCCGUGAUAACGCUACAGAUAUUCACUCUCUCCAACUUCAUCCCACUUUUUUUAAAAGGCGAUGCAACUCAUUAGUAACUCGGAUAAUGAAAUAUGUUUUUUCACACAAUGUCCAACACUUACUCCUUAGUUAUCAAUACUUUAAGCCUAAGUGUUUUUCUUUUUCAUGUUCUACUUUAAAGUCCCUUAGACUUACUGGUGGCCAUUUUCUUCUUCGUGUCAACACUAUAUUUCCAAAUUCUUUGAAUUUUCCAUCAUUAUCUACUCUAUCUCUAACCUAUUUUACCUUUUCUUCCAAUGAUGAUGCUUGUGCUAAGCCAUUUUCCACUUUUGAUAUGUUAAAUACUUUGGUCAUUAACCAAUGUAUAGUCUUGAAUGAUCGAAACCUUUGCAUAUCAAAUACCAAACUUGAAAAUUUAUCUAUAACUAUGUAUCGUGAUAGUUAUCCCGGAACCUUUUUCGAAAUUGAGUUAUGUGCUCCAAAUCUUCGUACCUUUUCUUUGACCAGUAAACAUAUUUCGAAUUUUUUUGGCGACAAGAGCAUUUUCUCUUGUGUCAAACAAUUAAGUAUUAAUGUUAGGUGUUUUGAUAAGUACGCGCAGAACUCAUCAAUUCUACUCAAUUGGCUGAAUUGUUUUGCUAAUAUUGAAGCAUUGACGGUUGACAUAGCUACUCUUGAGGUUUUUCUCAAUUUUUAUAAUUUAUUCGAGGUGAAGCCACCUUCCCUAGUUAACUUGAAGUCACUCAAAAUAGAAACAUAUCAUCUUUUGUGUGUACCUCCAUUUGAUAAGGUGGUGAACUUUUUGCUUCAAAACUCACCUUCAGCAAAUGUUGAGACCAUUAUUGUAGACAAAUGGAGCAAAAUGUAGAGAUGAUACCUUUUCUGAUUUUUGGGGAAAUUUUUUAGGUGAAGUUGUUAAAAUGACUUUUUCGAUAUAGUCAUAAUUUUGAUCAAUCAACAAUGUGUAAUAAGUAAAGUAACAGUCAUGUAAGAUUAUAUAAGAUUAUAUGGUGCAUACCGUAUAUCUUCGUAUCUAUUAUGGUGUGUUUGGUUCGGGAUUGAUAGAGAGGAGGAGAGAAAAUAUUUAUAAUAAAUGUGUUUUGUUCAAAUUUAUGAGGUGAGAGGGGAGCAAAA